AUGAGCGGCAGACCAUGGGACCAUCUGCCAUCGGACGAUGCCAGCUCCGACUUGAAGGAUGCGUCCGGGAGGCUGUUGAAGGACGUGGAUGAUGUGUUAGAGAAGGAGAACGACUGGUUGAAGCGCACGAGCCACAAGGUAGAACUGUGGGGGUUUGCCAACGAGAAGAUCGUCAGGGAUUUUAACAAGUUCAAGAAGGAUCUGAACGAGCUUAACAAUCUCUUGCUCAACAGUAUGGCCGAUAUGAAUGAUACCAUGGAUUCCUUAUCUCUCGAUAUACACAACCUGACAGACCGUGUAAAGUUGGUAGAGAUGGAGAUCAGUAAGACGAGAGUCUCAAAGGGCUGA